AUGAAGUUCCUCUGUCUACCAGGUGCAUAUGGCAGUGCAGAGAAAUUCAAGGUGCAGUUAGCACCUCUCGUCAAUGAACUCACCGGAGAUAAUUCGGCAGAGUUCCACUUCAUUGAUGGCCCAUGCGAGGCCAUACCACCAAAAGGAUUCGAAGACUUCUUCGGCAAACCUCCAUAUUACCGAUUCAUCGAGCCAGAUGACAAAACUGGAGAUGAAACUGAUCCUCUUUCACGUAUUCGGGACUUCCCAGAAUGUGACACGCCAGAAGAGACGAUGAGAGAGCUUAUGAAAGAGGGCGUAGCCAGUUGCAUCCUCAGCACGAUUAAAGCGAUACAAUAUUUAUUCAAGAUCAUGGAAGAGGAAGGACCGUUUGAAGGGAUUAUUGGCUACUCUGAGGGAGCGACUGUCGCCGGUACACUACUACUAGCAGAGCAGCGGAGGAAGCAGUAUGAAGGAUAUGAGCCCAUGAUCAAGUGCGCUAUUUUCUUUGCUGGAUGGCCACCGUUAGACCCACAAACCUUUGCGAUGGUCCUCUCAGACGAGACAGACGUUAUGAUUGACAUUCACACAUGUCACAUAAUUGGUUCGUUGGACCCAUACGUGGGUGGUUCCCUGGCACUGUACAACACAUGCGAUACUGACAUUGCGUACAUGUUCGAUCACGGCAAGGGUCACACUUUGCCAAGAGAUGCAGCUGUUAUCAAGGAGUUGGGCGAUGUAGUAAGAAACAUGAUCAAGGAGUCUACCGGGGCCGAGGAAGAUUAG